UCGGUCUGUCAAAAUUCGCUCCAACCUUGUGUACAUAAUAAACCCGAAGAUGAUGAAUAAAAACAUGAACUCGCCGACGAAACUCACGGAAUUUGCUCCGCUGAGUCCUGAGAAUAAUCAACCUGUUGUGGCGUCACUCUUCUCCAAGUUCUUCAGUUUCGGGAAAUCCGCAACAGGGAGUGAGACCCCCGCGGUCUCCCCGAAAGACGAAGACCGCAGCUCGUCAGGAGACUCAGAAUCCUGGAAGCAAUUAGAUAGUCUGGAAAAGACCCCUGAGGACGACACCUCCACGCAGAUGUCGUUCCCCCUCGAUGCAACCGAGGGCCGGAGUCUUCCAAAUGUGCUGAAACGCAUCAGCAAUAUCGUGGCCUCCAAAAGCAGCAGCUUGAAGUCCUACAAGGACUCCCAGCUGCGCAGCUUCUGGAUGCCUGACAGUGUUGCAAAGCAGUGCUACGAGUGCACGGAGAGGUUCACCACCUUCCGUAGACGACAUCACUGUCGUGUAUGCGGACAGAUAUUCUGCUCCAAGUGCUGCUCUGAUGAGAUACCUGGGAAGAUUAUGGGCUGCACAGGAGACCUGAGAGUAUGCACAUACUGCUGCAAAGUAGUUCUCUCAUACCUCCAAUCCUCCGACAUGCGAAGUGUCCUAUCAGCGGACCUGAAAGCCCUCCAAGAAGACCUCCAGGUGAAAUACGGCAGCGACACCCCCUCCCCCCACCAGAAGACGCACAUCCCCGAGGACGAGACAACCGUCUACCGCAAGCCCAGCGUCGGCUACAUGGAGGAGAAAUACGCCCUGAGCCGAUCCUCCGGAAGCUACCUCUCCCCCCACGAGCGCUCCAUCGUCCUCCAGAACUCCGCCUCCCUCAGGAUGAUCUGGGAGGAGCUCUUCAACUCCUCCCAGGCGAUUCUUCUCCAAACCCACUGGGUCCGCCUGAAGACCUACUACAACUGCUUCACAGGAGUUGAACUCGUCAACUGGAUGAUCUCCCAGAACAAAGCGGCUACGAGAGUUCAAGCAGCGGCCAUUGGCCAAGCGCUCCUGGAAGCUGGCUUCAUAAAAUCAGUCCAGGGGGAGAGCUCCUUCACCGACACUGCCUCGUUAUUCAUUCCCAUCAGCAUGUCCUCCCUCCAGAGCACUAACUUCUCCGAGGAGAAUCAGUCCAGCUGCGACGCACAGGAGCCCGCCUGGGUGAAGAACAUCCCCCAGCACGACUCCACGACAGACUCCGAGAGCGAGACAACGAGACAAGUUCAGCCGCCCCAAAUCGGUCGUCUCCCCUCGUCCAGCUCGAGCUUCUACCUGGACCUCAACCUGGAGGCGUCGACGGUCACCCUGAAGCGCCCGACGUGCGAGGACUUGAGCGCCUUCCCGCCAGACCCCGACACCCCGACCGACCAAAAAGACGUGAACCAACGGGCGCAGGAGUGCGCAGCCGUCUCCGACGAAGUCCUCAACGACACGCUGUUCCACGUCCAGGAGACGAAGGAGAGGAUCAGCUGGCACAAGGUCAACAACCUCAGGAACUCCUUCGGCGAGAUGAGCGCCUACAACAGUCUGUCAGCUGCCUACAAGCAGCACGAGGACUCCCUUAUCAAACAGCUCCUCAACAAGGAGGGGCUCUCCCAGAAGUGGUCGGACGUCGUAAUCCCGAUAGCUCAUCAGAUAGUUGAUCAGCUCCGACCUGACCUGAACCACGACACCGACGACAUGGACAUCCGCCAGUACGUGCAGAUCAAGAAGUCCCCGGGGGGGUCUAAAAACGACUGUGAGAUUGUCUCGGGGGUCGUCUGCAGCAAGAACGUUGCGCACAGGGGGAUGGACGCCAUGAUAGCGCAUCCCAAGAUCCUGCUGCUGCAGUGUGGGCUGAUGUAUCAGAGGGUGGAGGGGAAAUUGCUGAGCUUGGAGCCCGUUAUGAUGCAGGAGAACGAGUACCUGGGGCACACCGUCGCCAGGAUAACGGCUCUUGGCCCCGAUAUCGUUCUUGUUCACAGAUCGGUGUCGAGACUUGCUCAGGACAGAUUUCGCCAGUGCGGAGUCACUUUGGUAUUGAAUGUCAAGCUGUCGGUGCUGGAGAGGGUGGCGAGGUGCACUGGGGGGACGAUCGUCAACACCAUCGACGCACAGCUCACCGCGAGGUACAAGCUCGGAACUUGCAAGAAGUUCUACCUCAGGAAUUUCCCUGGUAACAACAAGACCGGAGUGAAGACACUCAUGUACUUCGAAGGCUGCGCCAAUCCCCACUUGGGGUCCACUAUUUUACUGAGGGGGGGAAGCCCAGCUGAACUAAAAAAGGUGAAGAACGUCACGUCCACCAUGAUCUUCGCUGUUUACUCAUGGCGACUGGAGAAGUCCUUCCUGAUGGACGAGUUCGCCAGACCGCCUUCGUUGAACGAUAACUCCUUUCUGGACGGCGAUCACGCUAGGCUGGAGGAGGGCAAGUCGUCUGAUAACGGGCCAUCGAAUGGGCCUGCGAAGGUCAAGGCUGACGAACCCUGCAGGCAAUGCACUCCCAUGAAGAACGAGAAAGCCGACUCUGCUCUGGCAACCAACGACAAAUUCAAGAGGGUUUCCAAUAUGUUGCAAGACCACUGCGACCCCUACGACACACUGAAGCUGUUCAAGCAGAAGUCCAAAGCCCCUGAAGACAACGACGUGAACCCUUCUGACAGAAAAGACUCCCUGAACGCCUCGAUCACAGGCUCAGUAGACGACAUCUCCGUUCUUGAGUCGAGCUCCGAGCAGAACACCCUGGAGUUAUUCAGCGGAGCCCCCCAAGACAAGGAUAUCAAUUGCGAGAGGUCAGCAUCAACCCCCGAAGAGCCGACGUCCCUGAAACCAAAACCACCUGACGACAAGCGAGUCUACGGUGAAUCGAUAUCAGACAGGAGCGACCCCCUCCACCAGUACCUGAACGAGGAGGAGGACCUCAUCCACCGGACGAGUCCCACCGGCCAGAGCCUCAGCGUGGCGGACCUCCCGCUGCUCAACAAGUUCAAAAAGUCCCUGGACGACACGAUCCUGAGCUUCUCCCCCUACCUAAAGUUCACGAUUCCCUACCUGGAGACCGAGCCCGGAAGGAACUGCGUCCUCCGAAGGUUCUUCCCGAAGGAGAUCUUCUACUCCGCCCAGUUCUCCGACAAAGUCGAGGGCACCCGGGCAAGCGUCUCGACAGAUCCACCGCAAGUUGCUGACGCCCCGGAGCUGCGGCUGAAGCCCCGCCACCCGCUGACCCUCGCCAAAAUGACCUCCAAAGUGGACACGAGGGAAGUCCAGGCGCUCCUCUCCCACUUCCGUGCCUGCGGGAGUCGCCUGAACCGCACCAACAACGUCAUCCUGGAGAAGAAGGAGGCGAUCAUCUCCGAAGUGAACGACGCCCCAGUCUGGCCGGACUGCCUCGACCCCGCGAGCCACCAGCGCCUUCCGGUCCUCUUCUGCAGCUUCUCCCACAACACAAACGACGCCCCCGCGUCCUUCUGCGUCAACCCCUGGGUCGUGAAUAUGGACCUCUACGGGCGGAACGACAUCGCCCUGGGGCGAUUCCUGGAGCGCUACUGCCUGACGACCGAGUACAAGUGCCCGGCGCCAUCUUGUCGUGCGCAGAUCGCGCAACAUGGCCGACGCUUCGCGCACGACGGCGGCUGCCUCCAGAUAACCCUGAACCAAAUGAGUAACGACCCCUUCGGCCAGGAGAACGUCAACCAGAUCCUCAUGUGGAGCAAGUGCGUCGAGUGCAAAAAUGUUUCCCCGGUCGUGCCCAUGUCCUCGGACACCUGGAGCCUGUCGUUCGCCAAGUACCUGGAGCUGCGAUUUCACGGGAGCGUCUACAUGAACCGAAGCUCGGAGACGUGUCAGCACUCCCUCCACCACGACCACUACCAGUACUUCUCGAAGGGGAAUAUGUUGGCUGUCUUCAAGUACACGAAGAUCAAGCUCCUGGAGAUAUCCCUGCCUCCCCCUCUGAUAAACAUCAGUUACGACGCGGCCCAGCACGCGAACGUCAUCGACGAGGUGAAGAUGAUUGCGCUGAAGGGGGACGACGUCUUCUCGAUGAUCAAGGAGAAGCUGACGGGUCUGCAGGUUGAGCUCGAGAGCCUCAACGCGAUGAAGCAGCAGGUGGCGAAGGAUCAGCUGUACUUCAAGACGAAGAUCGAGGAGGUCCAGCUGAAGCUGACGUCGCCGACUCUCGAGAACAAGCGGCUGGAGGGGAAGGCCUCGGCGCGGCAGGUGCAGAACCUCAUGUUCAGGAUUGAGGAUGGCCUGGUGAUUCUGAAGCGCCUGAUAUCCGAGGCGGUUUUCAAUUGGAACGCCAGGAUAACGGAGAUUGCCAGCAAGAAGAAGGAGGAACGACCGAGGAGGUUCACGGAGAGGUCGCUGACAGCUGGGAGCAGCGGGCUCAUCGACACUGACGGCUACAUCACUGAGGACACGGCCUCCGAGAGCCAGAUGGAGGACUUGAGCCCAAUGUCCGCGGACUACAACGCCAUCGACGCGAUAUCCGCUGUUCACCCCGAGGCCCAGCAAAACGAUGUCCUUGAGCAUUCGGACGGGGAGAUUCAGGAGAACACCAAUCCUGCGGACAUUGUCAUCAUCCAGGGCUCGCCGAAGAUGCACCAGAGGUCGCACUCGGAUGUUCUGCCGAUGUCCUCGGAGGAUGUGCCGGACAGGCGGAAGAAGAAGAAGACGAUUCUCUCGCAGCUGCUCCCGUCCGCCUCCAGUGUCUCGUCGAUUGUCAACCCCCUGGGAGGACUCGAGCAUCAUCUCUUGCCGCUUGGCUCAGUUGUUCCGAUCGUUGUCUACGAGUCCGAGCCGUCGUCCAUCAUCGCUUAUGCCCUCGACUCGCACGACUACAAACACGCCUUCCAGGAGAUCCCCCAGGUGAAGAGCGACCAGAGCUCGAGUCCCCUGAACAAACGUAAGUUUGUGGAGAGCAAGGAGGCCGUUCUGGAGGCGACGCAGUCCGGGGAGUUCAAGAGGCCCUCCGUCCUCUCCUUCCUGCGGGGCGCCAGCCCCAGUCCAGCGAGCCCCAACGAGAUCGAGAGGAGCAUCACGGCUGAUGGGAACCCUCAGGGUGGCCCCCAGGGGGAUAUCGACGACGACAAGAGAGCGAUAAAACAGCAGAACUACAUCGAGGUGCAGUUUGCUGACGCCACGACCAAUUUCUACUGUAGGAUCUACUUCGCUGCGCAGUUCGCAGCGCUGCGGGAGAGUGUUCUGCCCUGUGGUGAGGACGGCUUCACCAGGAGUCUCUGCAGAAGCGUUCAGUGGGCGGCCAGAGGUGGCAAGAGCGGAAGUACCUUCUGCAAAACUCGGGACGACCGGUUUAUCCUCAAGGAAAUGUCGAGAAUGGAGAUGCAAAUUUUCCUGGAUUUUGCGCCCAAUUAUUUCGCGUACAUGGAGAAGUGCCAGCAGACGAAGCAGCCGACGCUCCUCGGGAAGAUCGUCGGGGUCUACAGGGUCUCGUUCAAGAAUAAUACGACCAAUGCUGCGUUGCGAACUAGCGUGCUCGUCAUGGAGAAUUUGUUCUACGACAGGACCAUCACUGACAAGUUCGAUCUCAAGGGCUCGGUGAGGAAUCGACUGGUCAAUCCUGAGGACAUUGCCCAUGAGGGUGAACUGGUACUCAUGGACGAGAACCUGCUGAAUAUGAGCUGCGAUUCACCGCUGUACAUCAGGCCCCAUUCCAAGGCCGUACUCAAUAAGGCGAUUGAGCAGGACACGAAGUUCCUGGCUGAUAACUCGGUUAUGGAUUACUCGUUGCUGGUGGGGCUUGAACCGAAGUCUGGGGAACUUGUGCUGGGGAUUAUUGACUACAUAAGAACCUUCACGUGGGACAAAAAGCUGGAAACAAUGGUGAAGAAAUCUGGAAUCCUGGGUGGACAGGGUAAACUGCCAACGAUAGUAUCCCCCGAAGAAUAUCGGGCGAGAUUCAUUGCGGCGAUGCACAGAUACUUUCUCCCAGUGCCAGACAGAUGGACUGGGCUAGGACGUGGAGUUGAGUCUCCCUAAUUCAUGUAAAUAAUGUUACCACUUCCACGGGACGUGAUGUAAAUCGAAUGAUUCCAUUACUUCAUUACUUUUGUACAUUUCUAGUGACUGAUAAGUAAAAAAAAUUCGAUAACCAAAGUAUUAUGUAUGUACCUAUAAAAAAUGCGAAUGUAUGAAAGCACCAUUAUUAAUUAUUUAUUUCAGACAACAUUUUUCCUCUUGUCUUAUAAUUAUGUACAUGAAUAUUAUCUUUCAAUAGUAAAAUAAACAAUAAUAAUUGUAAACAUAAUUAUAGUCGUAUAAGUAGUCUAACGAUUUCUUCAAUUUUUCAUUUCAAUCAAAAACCAAGGGACAACCCGAGAGCAUUUAUCAGUUGGCUAUUCCCCGACUACCUUCGAAACAAUAAAAUAAUAGUAAAUCAUAAUUGUUGCAUACAUUGCGACGUAUGCCAUGAUAUAACACGAUAAUUGUAUUUACACUGGA